AUGGGUGUCAAGGAUAUCUUGUCGAGAAAGGAGGGUGUCAUCGUCGGUGACGAUGUCUUGAAUCUCUUCAAGUACGCUCAGGAGCACAACUUUGCCAUUCCCGCCAUUAACGUGACCUCCUCCUCGACCGUUGUGGCGGCUCUGGAAGCUGCGCGCGAUGCGAAUGCGCCCAUUAUUCUCCAGGCCUCUCAAGGGGGUGCUGCAUACUUCUGUGGCAAGGGUGUCAAGAAUGACAAGCAACAAGCAUCCAUUGCUGGUGCAGUCGCUGCAGCUCACUACAUCCGCUGUGUCGCCCCCGCAUAUGGUGUCCCUGUUGUUCUACACACCGACCACUGCGCGAAGAAGCUUCUUCCUUGGCUCGAUGGCAUGAUGGACGCGGAUGAAGCCUACUUCAAGGAACACGGCGAACCUCUGUUCUCCUCGCACAUGAUUGACUUGUCCGAAGAAGCUGUUGACUGGAACAUUGAGACCACGGCCAAAUACUUGAAGCGGGCGGCUCCAAUGAAGCAAUGGCUGGAAAUGGAAAUCGGUAUCACUGGUGGAGAGGAAGAUGGUGUCAACAACGAGGAUGUCGACAACAACGCUCUCUACACUCAACCCGAGGACAUCCACCUGAUUUACACCACUUUAAAGAAGAUCUCUCCCUAUUUCUCCAUUGCCGCAGGUUUCGGUAACGUUCACGGUGUCUACAAGCCCGGCAACGUCCGUCUCCACCCGGAACUGCUCGACAAGCACCAGAAAUACGUCAAGGAGAAGGAAUCGACCCCGACGGACAAGCCCGUCUUCCUUGUCUUCCAUGGCGGCUCCGGCUCAACCAAGAAGGAAUACACAGAUGCCAUCAGUUAUGGUGUGGUCAAAGUCAACCUCGAUACCGACUUGCAAUAUGCCUACCUGACUGGUAUCCGUGACUAUAUGUUGAACAAGAAGGAUUACAUCAUGAAGCAAGUCGGCAAUCCCGACGGUGAGGAUAAGCCCAACAAGAAGUACUUCGACCCCCGUGUGUGGGUGCGUGAAGGUGAGAAGACAAUGAGUGCUCGUGUGGCAGAGGCAUUGAAGGACUUCAACACUGCUGGCACUCUGUAA